AUGACAACUACUACGACUGUAGAUGCAUCUGCAUCUGCAUAUCUAUUUGGGUCUUUGCAUAGUCAUAAUGUUCCUGUUUCUAGUGGUCAAUUUGUUGGUUCUCAACCUGUGAGUGCUGGAAUUUAUUCAUCAGUGAAUGGAGUGAGUGGGUGGUUUCAAACUGCUGGGGAUUAUGGAAUGAGUAAUGACCCUAGACUGUUCAUGGACCCAAAGUUGAGUAAUAAUCCCAUUUUAGGUUAUGAUCCUUCCUAUUUUGGAAUUUUUGAACAUGAUCAAUGUUCUAAAUCAGCACCACAAAGCACUCAUUCAUCUAUUCCACUACAUCAUAUGCCACACAACUCUGUGCAAUCUCAGUUACCAACUAGUGGAUUUCAUUCCAAUGUGACUAGUGCAAUACCAACAGGACCCCAAAGUAGUUCUAUGGGUAUGAGUGGCUUCCAAUCCAAACGGAGCAUCCCAACUACUACGCCAACCAUUUCUAACACGUUAUCAUCUCCACCAAUCUAUUCCACAACUACUACUCCAUAUCCCCACUUUUUCUAUCCAUACACCCAAUUUCACCCACAUAGUCAAUUUCAUCCAUAUCAUUAUCAACAUACUCACAACCAUGGGUCAAGCCACCAUCAAGUCCAGGACCAAAAUCUGCCUACCAUGAAACAAAUUCGGUUGGAUUUUCCAGUAUUUGGUGGGGAAGAUCCCUUGGAGUUGCUUAAUAGAGCUGAACAAUUUUUUCAAUUGUAUCAAAUUCCAGAAGAGAAGAAAAUCUCCAUUGCAUCGAUGCACCUGACUGGUAUAGCUGCUAGUUUGUGGCAAUUACAUUUACAAGACAAUCCUAGUUCCUGGUCUGGCCUAGUUGAGCUGAUGAUGCAGCAAUUUGGUGGUUACAAUAAGCUUGACUACCAAGCUGCUUUGGCAAAAAUGCAACAAGUGGGUACUGUUACAGAGUUCCGAGAUCAGUUUACAAAAAUGUCUUGCCGAGCACCAGGGUUUUCUCCUAAACUUCGAUUGGCUUGCUUCAUAGGAGGGUUGAAAGAAGAAAUUAGAACUGAUGUGAGCCUUAUGAAACCUUCCAACUUGAUGGAGGCCUUUGAGCUUUCCAAGGCUUUUGAAGCGAGAAAUUCAGGACAUAAGAAUUGGAAACAAAACCAGUCUAAAUCUUCUUUUUCAGGUACCAAACAGAUUGUUGCACCGCCAGCUCCUGUACAGAGAUCACAGUUUGGAAAUCAGUCCGCUACUGCAAAACCUUAUGGCAGCAAUCAUUCAAACUUCUCAACUGACAGAAAGUAUUCCCAAGCUGAGUAUAGAGAUCGAAGGAAUCGAAAACAGUGCUUCUUUUGUGAUGAACCCUACACUUCUGAUCAUAUAUGUAACCGAGGCGCUAGAGCUUUACUUAUUGAGGGUUUUAGUGCUGUUGGAUCACAAGGUGAAGAGCAUGCUACAGUUAUGGAGGAUUUACUUACCGGUGAGACAAUGGAGGAAGCUCCACUCAUUUCUUUACAUGUACUUUCUGAUGUCAACAAGCCAGAGACAAUGCAGUUGAAAGGCCAAAUUGGAAAGAACAGGUCAGUGCAUAUACUUGUGGAUUGUGGAGCAACUCACAAUUUUGUUCAUCCCUGUUUACUCAAGUAUUACACAGGUGUAGUUGACAAGGGUUGCCCUCUGAAUGUACGGGUGGCUAGUGGAGAAAUAAUGAAGACCAGAGGUUAUGUUUCAAACCUUCAACUUGAUAUUCAAGGACAAGACAUUGAAGCAUAUUUUUAUAUUUUACCCGUCUCAGGAUGUGAGGGAGUUGAAUCUGAAAACAUUGAAGUCAUAACUUGUGAACAGAUGACCAGUCUUUUGGCUAAGGAGAGGGAAGCUAUGUUGAUAGAAUUAAGGCACACAGAUGACAAUAGGCAAAAACCUCAUGUCCAUCCUAAACUCAAACAAUUGGUGGAGCAAUUUAGUGAACUCUUCCAGCCUCCCACUUCUCUACCUCCUAAGAGAAGUCAUGAUCACAGGAUACCUCUACUUCCAGGUACAGUUCCUGUAAAUGUGCGCCCUUAUAGAUAUCCUUAUUAUCAAAAGACAGAGAUUGAAAAAAUUGUGAGAGAAAUGUUAGCUGCCGGAGUGAUCCAACCAAGUGAUAAGUUUCCAAUACCAGUGAUUGACGAAUUGUUGGAUGAAGUUGGUGGUUUUGCUUAUUUUACCAAGCUUGACCUCAGGUCUGGCUAUCAUCAAAUCAGGAUGGAGAGUGAGGAUGUAAGCAAGACUGCUUUUCGCACACAUGAUGGUCAUUAUGAAUUUUUAGUGAUGCCAUUUGGUCUGACCAAUGCACCAUCAACAUUUCAGUCCUUGAUGAAUGAUGUAUUUCGAGAUAUGUUGAGGAAGUACGUAUUGGUUUUCUUUGAUGAUAUCCUCAUUUAUAGUUCAUCUUUGGAAGAGCAUAUUCAACACUUGUCACAGGUCUUUACUCGGAUGCAGGAACACAAUCUCAAAGUUAAGAUGUCUAAAUGCACUUUUGGGGCGGAUAAUGUUGAGUAUUUGGGGCAUAUAGUUUCUGCAAAGGGAGUGGCAGUUGACCCAAAUAAAAUCAAGAGCAUUGUGCAAUGGGUAAAGCCAAGAACCAUGAAAGGAUUACGGGGAUUUUUGGGUCUUGCGGGAUACUACAGAAAAUAUGUGAAGGACUUUGGUAUCAUUGCUAAGCCUUUAACAGAUAUGCUCAAGAAGGAUGGGUUCAAAUGGUCUCCUGCAAGUGAGAAAGCUUUUGAAGAUCUUAAAGUACCUAUGACUACAACCCUAGUUCUGGCUCUCCCUAACUUUACUAAAGACUUCACCAUUGAAUGUGAUGCUUCUGAUUUGGGAAUUGGAGCAGUACUAUCUCAAGAUAAUCAUCCCAUUUCUUUCUUAAGCAAAGUGUUAGCUCCAAAGCAUCGAGCUUUGUCCGUGUAUGACAAGGAGAUGAUGGCAGUGGUGUUUGCGGUCCAACAAUGGAGGCCGUACCUACUCGGGCAUCAUUUCAACAUCAUUACAGACCAUAGGACAAUUCAGCAUUUUCUUCACCAAAGAAUCACUACCCCAACACAGCAAAAAUGGUUGAUCAAGUUGAUUGGCUAUGAUUACACAGUGAAGUAUAGGGCAGGAAAAAACAAUGUGGUUCCAGAUGUACUCUCUAGACAAGUGGAGCUCAAUACUAUUGUGGGAGUAUCAAGUCCCAUUUCCCAAUUCAUGUUUGAUUUACAGAAUGACACUUUGGUAGAUCCUGAGGCUGCACAACUGAUUCAUGAGCUUCAACAAGGUAUGUGCUCUAAAAAGGGAUAUUCCAUUAUUAAUAACAAUCUGUAUUAUAAAGGAAGAAUGUUUGUGCCUUUGAUUCACUCUUGGAGAGAUAAGGUGUUGAAUGAAUGUCAUGCUGGCCUAGUUGGUGGUCAUUCUGGUUACCUGAGAACUUACAAGAGGGUUACAAGAACCUUCAUGUGGCCUGGAGUAAAAAAAUUUGUUAAAAAAUGGGUAGCGGAAUGUGAUGUGUGCCAAAGGAAUCACUAUGAAGCCAUUCUUCCUCCAGGCUUACUCUUACCUUUGGCUAUUCCUGAAAGAGCUUGGCAAGGCAUCUCGAUGGAUUUUAUAGAGGGUCUACCCAAUGAUCAGGGAAAAUCAGUACUAUGGGUAAUUGUUGACAGGUUUAGCAAGUAUGUCCACUUUAUUCCAAUUAGCCAUCCUUAUACUGCUAAAACAAUUGCUGAAUUAUUUGUGAAAGAGAUUUUCAGAUUGCAUGGUAUGCCUGAAGCAAUUGUAACAAACAGAGAUCCUAUUUUUCUUAGCCAAUUUUGGGAAGCUUUUUUCAAAAUGCAGGGGACUAAACUACACAGGAGCACAGCUUACCAUCCCGAGUCUGACGGCCAAACAGAAAAUCUUAAUAGAACUGUCGAGCAGUACUUGAGAUGCAUGAUCACUGAGAAAGAUGGUAGUUGGGUUUCAUUGAUUCCAUGGGCUGAAUUUUGGUACAACUCUACGUAUCAUUCAGCAAUCCAAAUGUCUCCAUUUGAGGCUUUGUAUGGUUAUCCUCCUCCCAAGGUAGUCCCAUAUCUUCCCAAUUCCACUAAUGUUCAUGAUGUUGAUGUUGAUGUUGCUCUACGAGAUAGGGAUGAGAUUUUGGCAAGAUUGAAGCUUAAUUUGGAGCAGGCUCGAGCUAGAAUGAAAUCCUAUGUGGAUAAACACAGAACUGAAAGGGAGUUUGAGAUAAAUGAUUGGGUUUACUUGAAGCUGCAAUCUUACAAGCAACAGUCAGUGAAAUGCAGACACUCCAAUAAGUUGGCUCCUAGGUUCUAUGGUCCAUUCCAAGUGAUAGCUAAGGUAAACAAGGUAAACAAGUUGGCUCCUAGGUUCUAUGGUCCAUUCCAAGUGAUAGCUAAGGUAAACAAGGUUGCUUAUAAAUUACUAUUAACUCCUGAUUCAAGGGUACACCCUGUCUUUCAUGUGUCACUGUUAAAAAAGAAAGUUGGUGCGAAUACAACUGUUCAGGCACAUAUGCCACCUUCAUUGAACCCUUUGAAUCCAAGGUGGUACCCAGCUAAAGUGUUGGGAAGAGGUAUUUUCAAGAAAAAGAAUGCACCAGUUACCAAAUGGCUUAUACAAUGGGUGGGAGCUUCUAUGGAGGAUGCAACGUGGAUGGAAGCUGAUGAAGUUAUGAGAUUGUAUCCAGCUGAUUUCAAGGAUGAGUAG